CCCAAAAAAAAACUUUGAAAUUCGAAUAUUUUUGCAUUCAAAUUAUUCCCUCGAGCUUAGUAAAUCUGCCUCUAAGAUAUGAUGUAAGAUAUGACAUUCAAUAUCAAUCCCCAGGUCUGUCUUCCCUCAUUCUCCUGGUCUCAGUUUCUCAUACAGCAAGCAGGGCAAAAUAUUUGAUUAUUUUCAUUGUUUAUCUUUGUUUCAACAACCUCUCCUAUUCAUCUCAUUCAUUCACAAAAAGCCCUGGUCCAUUACUGUGGUCAGUGUGCCUAGCAACGGUAUAGCAAACGUACGGUCUGUUGAACCCACAUGUAAAGUUUUGUAAAAUAGUUUUGUUGAGUCUUAAGGUGGCCAUGCACAUGUCAGAUCUGAGCUCUACAAACAAGGGGAUCUGGGCCUGAUAUUCUGCCUACAUGCUGGGCCAAAGUGGACUGAUCUGAUUAUUGGUUCUAGAGUCAAUGAAUGGAUUAUAAAUUAUUAUAUAGGCAGCUGAAUGGGUCAAUGUGCCUGUGUAUGGUCAGUUUCCAUUUUGUAUAAAGAAACAACUUCCAUGUCCAAGUUGCAGGGUUCAGGGCAGAUUCUGAAACUGGUUUCUCUUUAUGCUUGCAGAUGUUGAUGUGAUUUCCAAGUUUGCCCAGUUAGAAUUUCAGCUGGGAGACACUGAGCGGGCCAAAGCCCUGUUUGAGAGCACGCUGAGCAGCUACCCAAAACGUACAGACCUCUGGUCUGUUUAUAUUGACAUGAUGGUGAAACAUGGCAGCCAACAGGAAGUGAGGGACAUUUUUGAGCGUGUGAUUCAUCUGAGCUUGGCAGCUAAAAAGAUCAAGUUCUUUUUCAAGCGCUACUUGAAGUAUGAAAAGAAACAUGGAAGCACCGAGAGUGUCCAGGCCAUGAAAGAGAAAGCGCUGCAGUACGUGGAAUCUCAGAGUUCUCUGGCGGCCACAUAGUGCCCUGUGCUUAGAGACUGCUCUGAUUAAUGUUUAUAUACAUUGUCUACAGAUUGGAUGCAAUAGAGAGUUAUUAUAUGAAUGCCGGGAGAGCUGCCACAGGAACACAGACUCUGAGACUUGGGCAUUUGCCCUUCAGAGACGGAUCUUCAUUUUAAAUCCUUCUCCACUGAUUUUUUUUUUGUGUGCUGCGUUGUGUUGUUCUGCGUGUGUGUAUAUUCAUAUGCAGAAUUGAUGCAUUAAAAUAAAUGCCAAUCUUGA